UAUUUUUAUAUGAUUUUAUUUAUUAAAGAAAGUUAAUUAAUUAUCUUUAUAUUGUUUAUAAUUUCUUGGAAUAAAAACUAUUCAAUCUAUCCAUAGCAACCUGUCAACAAGAUGGCGGACGUUAAUCUGUUUUGAGGGCAUGGGAUCAGUUAAAUUCGAAAUAGUUUGAUUUUUAUUCGUUGACAGGUCAAAAUGGCCAUUAACAUGCCACCACUCUGUAGGAGGAAGAAAGUUCUGGACAGAUACAACCCUGACACCUUUCGAGUUAUAAGUGAGUUUGCAGAGGAAACCCACCCAAAACAUCCAGAGGAAGGAAAUUAUCCAUCAGAGUGGCGGCGACAAUGGCUAGACAAUGAAGGCCUUGCCCUCCCUGACAUUUACAACAGGCAAACUGAGGUUCUACCCAAGGCUGUACCAGAUUACAGGAUAAAUAGACCCCAUCCAGGCAAUUGUGGUUUCCUUAGGAAUAAUGUACGCUCUCUGAACGAGCCAAUCUGCAGCGUGUACACGUAUGUCCCAGAAGAUGAUAGCAAACACUGGUGGCCAUCUAGAGCUAAUCCUGGGCCACCUAAUGUGCCUCCAAGAACAAAUGACACAGUGUACCGAGGAGAUUUUCAGGAGGCAGAGAACAAAACUGCUGAGUUUGGCUCUCUAAGACACACUGCCAACCCAAACAAAGAACCAGCCCUUGGAGCAGAUGUGAACCAAAAAAGAGUCAAAACAUUGCCUGUAAAUUUCUUACGUCCUCGAGAUGGUGGUCAAAAGUUGUUCAAGGAGAAAAUGUCCUAUGAACACUUAUACAACAGCAGAGUUGAUCCUAAUUAUCCAAUUAGAGGAAAGAGACACGGGUCAUUUGUCUGGGAUCAGAUGUCUUCUGAAGCAACCAAGAAUUUUGUAGACAAGUACAGGGUCAUUUCUGCAGAGGAAGGAGCUAGGCGUCAACAAAUCUCUGAGGCUGAAAACCUUGCAAAUGAAGCUGCAAAUCUCCUUGAAUCUACCCAGCAGGCCAUAAGUGCGAUCCCUGGUCAAGGUCAGGGUCAAGGUCAUGGAAACCCAAAUCAAGGUCAAGGACAAUCAGCCCCUGAUGUGAGCAGUCAGUCUCUUGGUGAAUCAAUUCAAGUAAACAACAACAAUGUACAAGAGGUACCACCUGUCUCUUCAAAGGAAGAAAAUGCUACAAAGUCCAGCAAAGCCUCGCCCAAACAGUCCCCUACUGCUUCAAAGAAAGGUACUCCAGCCCCUUCAGGUCAAAAUUCACCAAAACGGCCUGGAUCAAGAAAAAAUUCAUCUAAGCCUUGUUCAGGAAAGAAAGAAUCAUCAAGAAAAAGUUCAGUUUCAAAUGAGCAAAAGCCAGUACAAAAGGACGUUCAGAAUAAUGAAGUCACAGACAAUGCAUUUGAUAGAAGUUCAUAGGAUAAUGUCAUGUCCUAUUUAAACAGUAAUUGUUUGUGGAACUUUUUUCUUGUUAUUGUUAUUGGAGUUUAGGUGCUCUUUGGCAUAUUCUCUAAAUGUGUAAAAUGUUCUCCUGUUUUUGCCUUAUCUGACUGACUUUCUGUGCCUUAAGUUGGAUAAUUAUGCUAUUAUAAAUGUUUUGGUGAACAGUUUUCUUUUAGCUGUCUAUUUUAAUUUUAGAAUUUUCAUUCCUUGUCAAAUAAUUUUCUAUGUUUUGUUAGAUGAACAUGGAUUUUCUGCCUUUUAUGAAAAAGUCACAAACGCAUAUCUGUUCUUCCUCUUGAGAACUGUUAGAUGAACAUGGAUUUUCUGCCUUUUAUGAAAAAGUCACAAACGCAUAUCUGUUCUUCCUCUUGAGAACUGUUAGAUGAACAUGGAUUUUCUGCCUUUUAUGAAAAAGUCACAAACGCAUAUCUGUUCUUCCUCUUGAGAACAAACUGCUUUUUGUUGAUUCUGCUUUAAUUUUCUUCUUUUUACUUUUUCAAAAUUCAAAAAUUAAGCUUAACAAUAAUUUGGUCUUUUGAAACACUUUGUAAUGGCUUUAAAGGAAAAACCCUGUUUCAAUAAAAUUAAACAUGCAUGCAAAUGUGUGUAGUGAUUUCAUAUCAUUCUGUGAGCGUUAUAACCGUUUUCUUUUCAAGCUAUGGGUAUUUUCUACUGCCAUUGGAACCUGUUUGCUUUAUACAUCAUAAGUGUCUUAAACACUAUAUUGAUUAUUUCGUAUUUGUUCACUUGAACACUUGAAAAUACUUUUAUUAUUUGAUACAUCUGUGGUCAUAAGCUAUCUUUUGUUUUUAUUAUUAUGCAUUUUCUUAUAAAACCGAAUUAUAAAAUGUCAAAAAAUCAUGUGCCAAGCUUCAAAAGCAUUUUUCCAUUUAUUGUUGACACAAGUCAUGAAAUAUUACCACAUAAUUUUAAUGACAGUAUUAUUUAUUAAAAAGAAUGAAUUCAUUUUACCUCUAGCAUUAUUACAGAUAAAAGCAUUAGAAAGAUGUUGUGAAAUUCAGCACAAGAAAUAUUACAGUGAAAUGCAUAAAAAACAAGUCACUGGUAUUAUAACAGAGAAAAGCAUUAGAAAAAAGUUGUGAAAUCUCACUACUAGAAAUAUUACUGUGAAAUGCAUUAGCUUUAUCAUUAUAGCUUUUAUGUAAUUAAAAAGCAAAGUCUGUGAUUGUUUAAGAGUUAUUUAAUGAUGCUUUAAUGAAUAUAUAUCUGUUGAAUUGAGCUUUUUUAACCGUUAUUAUAUAUUAUAUAAUUGUGUUUAACCAAGGAAAUCCAUUCUUGUGUAUAUGGUUGGCUAUAAAUCAUACAGUUUUCAUAUUAAUGUUCUUUUGUUGCAAUAAAUGUUAAUAUAUCUAUUUCUACAUUACUUCAUCUGCAUAAUAGGGUAAACGGAUAAAUUGUUUAUUAUAUAGUAUUCUGUUACAUAAUAUCAAUGUAUAGUAUUCUUUUGCUCAAUUUAUGAAAAUAUUAUCAUGCAAAUAUGAUGUAUUCUUUCUUUUCUGGUGAAUAAAAUAAAGAAAUAUAUUUUUAAAAUCAAACUACUUUCCAAAAUGCUUACAGGAAAAGAACAGUUUAAGAAUAUUGGAAUACGAUUUCAUAAAACAGAAGCAGAUAUGCUUUUGAAAGAAUACAUCCUUAAACUUCAUAUCAUGUUUAAAUUGAGAUAAUGUAGUUGCCUUUUUGUUUAAAAAUAUACACCACACCGCUUUAGGUUUGUUUGUUUUCAUUUUUGUGCAACUUUUAUCCAGAUAAAUCUUUGUUAUUCUUUGUUUAUAAAUCCACUGUCCUAUAAUAAAAAAUAAAUUUUCUGUUAAACA